ACAAAUAUUUCUCUUCCCUAACUGCCGUUGGCAUUGCCUCGUCGUAAAAGUUACGAUGUGGCAGCUGCCAAAGAAAGUUGACUGGCUGUCCGGCUGGUCCCUUCAUUCCUGAUUCGAUUGUGGGUUGGUCCCCAAAGCCACGCCGAAGCCACACAAUUGAUUAAGUACUGGCAAAAGAGCAGCAACAGACGGUGUUCUCACUAUACAUUGAAGGUCGUUAGGCGAGGACAAUAGUAGACUUCUGGCUGGAUAUGGAAGACAGUGGAAAAGUUUUAUAUACAUAUAUAAGGUAUUUAUUAGCCACAGACGAGCCCGAGAGUACAGUUCUAUGCACUGAAAGACGACAGCAAACAGAGGGAACAAAAGGUAAAAUUCAUUUGGCAAAAGACGAGAAGCCACUGGGGCAGGAUGGAGGCGGCAUCGACUUCCGUUUCCGUCAACACUGCCAUUGAAUACCACAUCCGCUCUGUUCUUUCUCUUCCCUCUGGCCCCCCAAGACAGAGAAGCUUGGCAGGUCGUUCGACUGCUUAGGGGUUAAUUUGCAAAUAGAUGUACAUGUGCCACAUAAUUAUUACUCUGAGAGUAGACUACUCCUAUAAGCUGAUUGGAAUUCUUGCGAUUUAAUUAUAAAUCUCUUCACCUUCAUCUACCUUGAAGCCGCAGUUGCUUUUAAUUACAUGACUUAGCGUAGAACAACCAUCAAUCCUCUCAUCUUGAGUUUAAUACCAAAACAUAAUUUCAUUUUGCGAGCUGUUCAAAGUGUCAAACGUUUGACAGACUCAGUCAAAGCUGUCUGUGGGUAAUUCUGAUUGCCACACCAAUCCACAGAUAGACACUCAAAAUCACAUAAUUAAUGCAUAGCAUUUUGCGGCUGCACAGGAUGUUACACCUACUCGUAUGCCCCGUGGACCCGUGUGGAUUUGGAAACACUUAAAUGCCAGUGUCAUAAUCUCCCAUAAAAAUUGAUACACGAAAGAUUCGCAUCGAAAUGAACCACGAGGUGUGUCCGUCAUCCGUCUAUCGCCUUAUCCUGUGAGUUCUGUGAUUUUGCCCGACUGAAGCCUAAAGCCUGAAUAAUGGCAGCGCCCACUUCAAUCAUGGAAAUCCUCGGAUGCCUGACCCUGCUGCUCUUUGUCCUGCUCGUCAAGAGCGGCUAUUGCAUAGACUGCUUCAAGUGCAUCUCGUAUAAUGGGGCCAACAAGGCGUGCGACGAUCCGUUCCACAACAAUUACUCCACCGCCAUCCUCGAGUCGCCCUGCAUGGGUGGUCGCAAGGGCCGCGACGGCCUCUUCCCGGCCACGGCCUGCAUUAAGAUCGCCGGCUAUUAUGAUGACACCGGCGAAACGAUAACGGUGCGGGGCUGUGCCCUGGACAGCGGCACCCUUACCACAGACACCGAGUUAAUAAGAAUGUCUCACUGUGGAAAGUUUUACUACGAUAAUAGAUACGUGCAUGGGUGCCUUCAGAGCUGCAGCGAUGCGGAUGCUUGCAACACGGCCACGUCGCAACGGCAUCCAGCGAAGGCGGAGGCGCUAAUGCGGCAUCUGCUUAGCUUCGCGGUUUUGCUGGUGGCAGCUGCAAGGUAGCAAUAGAAGUAGCACAUUGGAGGAACCAUAAGGAUGUGAAAGAAGAGGGGAAAGGGAAACCCCAUAAAAGUUGAGAAGAUAUUGAAAAUGAAGUGUGGAAAAAGCGUGGAAAAUCAUUUAAUAUAAUUCAACUGCGAGUGGAAAUACUUUUUUCCUUCGGUUCGGCGACGCCGAUGCCCCACUCAUAUGCUCCCUAUCCCGAUAUCUCUACCUGCAUGUCAUCCCUCACCUCUCAAAACUCUCUCAGUGUCUAGGAUUGCACCUUACAAUAAUUGCACCAGAGCCACAGCAACAAGGACAGGCAACAAGGACACGCUCGACACCCGAACCCACAGUCAGCACACAGUGGCAAUGGAGCAUAUUUUUAUGGAAUUCAUCAAGCAAUUAUGUGAUUUAUAAACGAAUACUCAACAACUAUCUUACAAUAAUUGAUGGCGAAACUUGAACUAUGUAUUGUAUUUGGGUACAUAUAUGCUAAGCAUUCGAGAGUCGAAAAUCAAAGGCAAAAAUUCAAAUUCUAAUUGCAAUUAUUUUUAGCUUCUAAGCAAAAUGAAACCUAGAUUUAAAGGCGUG